AUGGCCAAUCAAGGAGGCUCGCAGCACGGCAUCGCCCGCACGAGCCGCGUCCGCACCGAAGCCCAGCGCCAGCGCGACCUAGAGCGCAUUGCAUCGUACCGCGUCCUCGAAGACGACCUACGCGCGCGUGUCAAGAACCCGCGGACUGCCUACGCCGACCGCGCAUCCGCCCAGCACGUGUUUGACUUGACGACGCGGCUGUUGCGACUUAACCCGGAGUACUACACAGUAUGGAACAUCCGGCGGCGGGCGCUGCUGGUGUUGCUGCCGGCGGGGCCCAAGGCCCGCCGUGGUGAUUGCUGCGACAGAUCGUCGUGCUCUUGCUUGGGAGAGACCCAGCCCAGCCACGGCUGCCCGAAAGCUGGGAGGAGUGGUACUACAGCUGAUGAUGCGGGUGAUCAUACCAGUGAGGAGAAUGACGAGGAAAAGAAGCAGGACGACGAGGAAACCGAGAAACAAACCCGCACCAUGCUCCAGACUGAACUAGAAUUCACCAUCCCUCUCCUCAUCGAAUCCCCAAAAUGUUACUGGAUCUGGAGCUACCGCCUUUGGAUCCUGCGGCAGUCCAUCUCUCGGCUGCCGGUGCCCGUCGCGCGCGGGAUCUGGCAGGCCGAGCUGGCACUCGCCUCAAAAAUGCUGACCAAAGACCGGCGCAACUUCCACGCAUGGGGUUACCGCCGGCACGUGGUUGCGCAGCUAGAGAGUGACGCGCUCGGCGGCGGCAGCAUGGUCGAGGCGGAAUUCCAGUACACGGAGGACAAGAUCCGGGCGGAUCUGUCUAACUUCUCGGCGUGGCACUCGCGAAGUAAGCUGAUUCCUCGGCUGCUGGAGGAGAGGGGCGCGGAUGAGAAGGCGAGGAGGGAGUUCUUUGAGGCCGAACUCGACAAAAUCCACAACGCCCUCAACGUCGGUCCCGAAGACCAAUCCCUCUGGUACUACCACCAGUACCUCAUGCUCAACCUGACCACGCUACCUCCCAACAACGAGCAUACCAUCACCCCUACCUUACCCAUAGAAGACCGCAUCGCAUUCCUACGCAACGAGCUGGCCGAGAUUCGCGACCUGCUUGAAGACUACGACAACGUGAAGCUUAUCUACGAGGCUUUGAUUGAUUUGACGCUGGACCUCUGCCGACUGGAGGGGAAGCGCAAGCCGGAUGAGGAGGAGAAGGAGAAUCUGAGGGAGUGGUUGGGCAAGAUGAAGGAGUUGGAUCCGAUGCGGAUGGGGCGAUGGAGGGAUUUUGAAGAGGGAUUGAGACGCGAGUGGGGGGUUGAGGCUUGA